GGCGAAUAGGGAAGGUCGAUAAAAUAUGGCGAAGUUCGCAUAGCAUAAACGUGUGCUUUAAAAUUGUUUUGAUGUGUCAUAGCGUGGAUUUUUGGCGAUGGAUAAGUCCGACUUUAUCCCUCCACCAGAAGCUCCCGUAUUUGAACCAACCGAAGAGGAAUUCCAAGAUCCUUUAGCGUUUAUUACAAAGAUACGACCCUAUGUGGAGAAAAUGGGAAUAUGCAAGAUUCGCCCACCGCCUGAUUGGCAACCACCUUUUUCUGUGGACGUAGAGAAGUUUAAAUUUACCCCACGGGUUCAGAAACUCAAUGAACUUGAGGCCACGACGAGAGUAAAAUUCAAUUUUUUGGACGCCAUUGCAAAAUUUUGGGAACUACAGGGAACAAGUUUAAAACUGCCCAUGGUCGACAAGAAAGCGUUGGACAUUUUUAAACUUUACAAAACCGUUCGCGAGGAAGGUGGUUAUGAGUAUGUCACUACUAAAAGAAAAUGGCCGGUUGUUGCGCACAAGAUGGGUUACUUUGAGGCCAAAUCUGUUCCGGCAUGCCUUCGAAAUCAUUAUGAAAAGCUAUUAUUCCCAUAUGAUGUUUUCCAGUCAGGUCUUCUCACAGGCACUGACGACACUCAUGAGAGAAAAACAAAUCCAAAGAAAACAGAGCCUGACAGCAGGAUGAGGAAAUCUGCCCGACAGAUUCGACAAGAACAGGUGCAGUUAUCUGUUGACUAUUCAAAGAAUCCUGAACUCAAGAGACUGAAGUUCCUGGCACCUGGCCCCAAGAUGACAGUAGUUUGCGAUUCAGAUGAUCCAAAAGCUGAAACUACCACUGACGUGUCAGGAGUGGCUAACACUGACUUACCUGGAGUGACUGCUGAAAUGACUGUUAUAGAAGAUAAUCUGCCAUCAAAUGACCUGAAAGUCAAAGUAGAAGAACCUAUUGAAGUUAGUGAGAAAGUCGAGGAGUCUGAGACAAAAUCUCUCAGAAAAAGACCUGUUCGCAGAGCUAGUAAGAAAAUGAUGCAGGAUUACAAUCCAGAACUGUUUCAGGAUGAUUAUCUAUGCCAGAUAUGUAGUUCAGGAGAUGAUGGUCAAUAUCUUUUACUUUGCGAUGGUUGUGAUGCCAGUUAUCACACUUAUUGCCUUAUACCACCUGUCACAAACAUACCGAAAGGUGAAUGGCGUUGUCCCAAGUGUAUAGCACAGGAAUACGACAAGCCCUACGAAGUUUAUGGUUUUGAACAGUCGACGAAGGAAUAUAACCUACAGACAUUUGGUGAAAUGGCUGAUAAAUUUAAAUCUGAAUAUUUUGGCUUACCACCUGAGUCUGUUCCAUACGAGGUUGCUGAAAAGGAAUUCUGGCGAUUAGUUUCUUGUAGUGAUGACGAGGUAUCAGUUGAGUAUGGUGCUGACCUACAUACUGCCGUCCAUGGAAGUGGGUUCCCAGUGAAAGAAAAUGUCACCAAUUCUAUCGAGGAGUUUUACGCCAAUUCAAAGUGGAAUCUUAACAAUCUGCCUGCUCUUCCUAAUUCUGUACUCAGUCAUGUCAGUGGAAACAUAUCGGGAAUGAAGGUACCUUGGAUGUACGUGGGAAUGUGUUUCUCUAGUUUCUGUUGGCACACCGAAGACCACUGGAGUUAUUCGAUUAAUUAUCUCCACUGGGGAGAAGCGAAAACUUGGUACGGUAUACCUGGUGAGUCCGCGGAACAGUUCGAGAAGGUCGUACAACAAAUAGCACCCGAGCUUUUUGAAGCCCAUCCGGACCUUCUGCAUCACCUGGUGACCAUCGUUAACCCUAAUGUUCUCAUGAGCAGAGGCGUACCUGUUGUUAGAACCAAUCAGGAAGCUGGUGAGUUUAUCAUCACGUUCCCUCGAAGCUACCAUGCCGGAUUCAAUCAAGGUUAUAAUCUUGCCGAGGCUGUCAACUUUGCCACUGCAGACUGGCUGUCCAUCGGUCACGAAUGUGUGUCUCACUAUCGUCGCAUGAACCGUACGACAGUGUUCUCACACGAAGAACUUGUGUGCAAGAUGGCUGCCAAUCCGGAUAACCUCGAUCUUAACCUCGCGAAAGCAAUCUAUGAUGAUAUGCUUUGUAUGAUCCAACAUGAAAAUCAACUACAAAUGGACAUUAAGAAGGAGGGUGUUGUAAAAGCAGAGAGAGAAGCUUUCGAGUUGCUGCCCGAUGACGAACGACAAUGCGUGCAUUGUAACACCACGUGCUUCUUGUCGGCGAUCACGUGUCAAUGUCCUGAAAAGAAACUAAGCUGUAUCCAAUGUGCUUCGAAUCAUUGCGAAGAGUGUGGUCUGGACAAUUGUGUCUUGAGACAUCGCUAUAGUGUUGAUGAACUGCGAGGGAUGCUGGCGCAACUAAAGCGGAGAGCUGACUCCUUUGAUAACUGGACUGGUGAAGUCCGACGCGCUUUGGACGCCACUGGUGACGCUAAAGUUUCUCUCGGCUCGCUUCGCGAACUAGUUUUAACCGCUGAACAAAGUCAAUUUCCGGAAUGUGACCUACUGGAUGAAAUAAAGGUUGCCGUAGCUGAAGCCGAACGCUGUGGUAAUGUUGCCACACAACUUGUAUCGAAGAAGCAUCGAACGAGGACGGCGGACGUUCUCAGCAAUAAUGGCACGUCACCAAGUUUAAAUCUUCAAGAACUUCAUGAAUUUUGUCGUCAGUUGCAACAAUUACCAUGCAUCAUUGACCAAGCCGAACUGGUGCAAGAUUUGAUGAAUCGUGUGGAAAGCUUCCAAGGCGAAGCACAAGAACUAUUACGUGAGGAGGAGCCGAGUGUUGUUAAAGUGAAACUACUAUUGGACACUGCCAUGACGCUUGAUGUUGACCUACCUGAAAUACCGAGAUUAAAACAAGAACUACAUAAAUGUCGUUGGCUCAAGAACGUCGAGGAAACAUUGAAAGAUACGAGCCAAGUGUCUCUCAAUGCCCUGCGAGAACUGCUCGGUGAAGCUUCGAUGCUAGCCAAGAAACAAGUCGUGGAAGCAAGCGCCAUGAAGCUUCGAAAAUUGGUCAACACAUGCGAGGAAUGGGAACUAAAAGCUCGACUUUGUCUUCAGGCUAGGCCUCGCCAUAUCAUGUCUGCCAUUCAAGCAAUUGUGCGCGAUGCGUCUUUGGUCCCAGUCCACUUGCCAAACAUUAGUACAUUGAAAGAUGCGCUAGACAAAGCACUGGAAUGGUCAAAAAAGGUGGAUCAUGUGCAGAAUGACGAACAUUACCCGUAUCUGGAAGUGCUCGAAGCCCUUGUGAUGCGUGGUCGACCCAUACCCGUACGUCUGGAACAACUUCCUCAAAUGGAAUCGCAGGUCGCUGCGGCUAUAGCGUGGAGAGAUCGUACAAGUAGGACUUUCCUUAAAAAGAAUGCUAAUUCAGCGCUUCUCGAGAUCUUGUCUUGUCGCAAGGAUAUUGGUGUUUAUAAGUUGCCGAGUAAGCAUCGCCGGAGAAAGGGCGAUAGCAAGGAGGGUGACGUCAUUGAUUUGUCCACGUUGGAAGAGUACAUCGAUCGUAAACCAUCGGAUCAGGUCGCGGUAUUUCGUAUUGCUAAACAAAAGGAGCUGCAGGAAAUGCGCGAGUUAAGAAAACGUAAUGUGUCACGUUUUAACGAACUUAAUACAUUGCAACCGGAGAAUCGGCAGUUUUGUCUCUGUCGAAAGGCAGCUGAUGGUUACAUGUUGCAGUGUGAACUAUGUAAGGAGUGGUUUCAUAGCACGUGCGUGCCGUUGCCACGAACCCAGGGUAGCAAGGGAAACGCAAAAAGUGGCCACGAAACGUCCCGCACGUUAAAGUAUCUAUGCUUGCUGUGCCAUCGAUCACGUCGACCACGCCUGGACACGAUCUUAUCCCUUCUCGUUUCACUGCAAAAACUUCCCGUGCGUUUAGUUGAAGGGGAAGCGUUGCAGUUUCUCGCCGAAUGUGCUAUGAACUGGCAAGAUCGUGUCAGACAGUUCCUGUUGUCGGAUAACAUUGUGAGGGUUUGCCAGGAGAUCGAUGAAACUUUGAAAACGGAACCGACCAAUGAAAAGUCCACGGCUGCAAUGCCCGUCACCACGUCAACGCUCCUGCAGCAAAAUAUAGCUAUGGCAAUUACUGCACAAACUCCUAAGAAUGUUGUGAAUAAUGCCACUGUGUCACGAAGUUCCACGUCAACACAAGCUCUGCAAAAUUUGGCAAUGGCCUGUAGUACUGCGCAGAUUCUAAAUAGUCAGUCGCAAGAAGCCGCAACUGACAGCACAAGCACAAAUGCGUGCGAGAAGAAAGACAUUCACAUGGAGACUGAACCGCAGUCUCAAAAUUCGGAGAAUCCCAGCACCGAAAUCGAUGUUGUUGGAAACAGUAAUCUUCAAGAUGGACAGGAUAGGGGGAUGUUAGGUGAUAACGAGGGUGAAGUAGGAGAUAUGAAGUGUUGUAAGUUAACUCAGCUUGAGUUGGAGGAGUUGGAGGAUUACAUGAUGGAAGGUGAUCUUCUUGAGGUGACUCUUGAUGAAAGUGACAUCUUGUGGAAAAUUUUAGUUAAUCAACGAAAAUACAUGGAACAGAAAAUACAGCUUCUCCUACCGCGUAAAAAAGAAAAGAAGCGACGCAAACGAAAGAAAAACGAUGAGAAACAGCAGUCGAACAAAGAAAACUCUUCCAAAGUGAACAAGAAGUUCAAACAAAAGAAGAGCAACGACGACGUAAACAAACAGAAACGCAAAUACGUACGAAAGCAAAAGAAGCCGCAAAUCGUGACGAUUAAAGCGGAAGACGACGACGACGAUGAUGAUGACGAAGACGAGGCUUGCUCUGCCAGACCAUGUAAACAUCCGUCAAGCGAAGAAGUAGACUGGGUGCAAUGUGAUACAUGUGAACUAUGGUACCACAAUCUGUGUGUAGCAAUCACAGCCAAAGCGGCUGCUGAACUUGAUUCUUAUAUAUGUCCCUACUGUAGUGUUAAUGGCGAAUAUCUUUCGAACACGGCAUCCCCAGAUUCGAACGUGGAUGUGGUAAGCACCACACCUCAUGCAACGACCCCACCUUCUCCAAGAUCCCCAAAUUCUACGGGUAGACAGUUACUCUACAGUGUGGGUACGAACGGCCAGCAACCUUCAAAAUGCGUUACAUUCCCUACUGUUACCUUAUCCGCACAAACUACAAACUCUGAUACCAUUGUACUUUCUGAUGGUUCGUGACAGUCAUCGUGAACCUCAUCAAGGGAAGGAAUCUCGUCCGACAAAUUAUGAACACUUCAAGCAUCGUACAUUUCUUUGAUCGGUUUGUGUAGUGAUUUCUUAGAAGUACGUCGAUGUUAAUGGUGAUGGCCCACCUAAUAAUGCUGAAAUCGCCCACAACACUUGAAACAGCAGUCACCCAGGAGAAUACGUUAUUUACUAUUGUGAGUAUCUUUGUGUGGACAUAAAGCGUUUCUUCAUUCUCGAGCGGACUGUUUGCUUUAAAUACUUUGUUAAUGUCAAGUGUUUGAAGAGUGAAUAGUUGGAAAUUUUUAUAUCGUUAUCGUUGAGGCCAGAUUGUAGAUGAUAUUUUCACCGCGAUUUGUACUAUUUAAUGCUUUCUUCUGCCUCAAUGAAUGAUUUCCAUCUGUGCAAAUCUUAAGCAAAUUGUAAUGGUAUGCCCCUGUGUGAUUGCACCAAGGUAUUCUCCUCGAAUUGCUAACCCCUUUAUAUAUUUUAUUCCUCAGUUUCUUGACGAAGGAUCAGCAAUAAACAGUGAUAAGUUUCACCCACGCUUUUUCGACUUGUUUUUUAAAAGCUGUGUGUUACACAUACAAAACACUCGAAGGUUUCAAUGUAUACCUUAAAUUGCUUCAGUUCCCUUUUAGAUGUUAUACGUAUGUUGUAUAAUACUCCUCACAUACCAGGCUUAAUCAUAACCCCGCUUACUCUAAUCCCAAUCCAGCUUUUACUUAACGUUGAGAAACUGCAUUCUAGAAAUAUUUGACGAAAUAAAGUAAAACGAUAAUGACUUGAAAUGUUUUGUUGGUUUUUCGAAAGGUUUCGUUGACCUAUUUAUAGUUUAAAGUAAAUUCGCCGCCCUUGUUGGUUCUUUUUUAUUAUCGAUUUUAAAUUCUACCUUUUUUGCAUGAGGUAUGCUUACUCAGAAAAAAUAGAGUUUGCCAGCAAAGUCAUACUUUCUUUUAUGAUACAAAAAUUCGUCAAUACGUCAUCGAAAGCGAUUUCGUAAGUUGGCACCAGGACUCCUAUUCUCAAAAGCCAUUACGUCUUGGUUUCUAUUGUGCUGUUUCACUGCUGGAAAGAAUGUUUUAGAUUUGCAUAAGAAUUGAUGAAAUGUUAAGUAUUUAGUAAAUUAUCAGUGGCUACAUUAUUUGUCCUUGAUUUAACUUUAAUGUGUAAAAAGUGUUCAAUGAAGAAUUAAUAGUUCUAGUUUUGGUAAAUAAAUUAUUUAUGUAAUUUA